AGUGACAACCACGGUGUAAGAAUAAUUUAGGUGCUGACACUCGCCGCUCCCCGUAGAGAGAACGCGCGGGCAGAUUGUGUUCGCAGAUGACCUUGAAUCGGCGGUAGUUUUCGCCGCAAGGGUACAGAUGGCGCUGUAGUAUGGGAGCCCAGGGGCCCGCGCUGCCCGCUCGGGUGCGUUCAGAAAUUUUCACGCCACGCGCGGGGUGAAUACACGUGGUAUAGGUGCAGAAGUGUACUUGCUGAAACUCGUGUGUGUGUGUGUGUGUGUGUGAAGGCUUCUCCGGAUUCUCGAAAAGUGUUUGGUUGUGCCUGUCAGUCCUGUGAGUGCAUUGUUCGGCUGAUUGGUAUUCUGCUGGGAUUCACUCAACGUAUACCACGCCGCGUCAUGUGACGCCGAGUGCAAUUAGUUGCGCUCAGGCUUGCUGCGCUUCAAAAUGGGCAAGAAGUGCUUUGUACCGAAUUGCAAGUCGGGGUAUCGGACAUGCACGGAGCGUGUGUCGCUUUUCAAGGCUCCGCGUGAACCCGAACGUUUAGAAAAGUGGCGACGGGCGAUUCCGAGAGCAGACAGAGUUUUGCAGCCUACCGACCACGUGUGCGCGAAGCACUUCCCGAAUGAAGUGAUCUCUGCAACAUAUCACGCGGAAUACAAGGGGAACGUCCUUCUGCACGCACAAAAAAAGCCGGUGCUCUCACCCGACGCUGUGCCUAGCAUUUUCCCGAAUUGCCCAGGAUACUUGACUGUGCAGCAAAAAACGAGAAAACCUCCGCGGAAACGGCAGGCUCUGCCGCCGACUUCUCAGAAGCCUAAGAAGCAAGGACAGCCAGAAGCGUCGAAUGCUUCUGAAGAGCUACACCUGGCCGUUGAAAAUACACCAAGUUUAUUGCUGGUUGACACAACGAGUUCAAAAUAUUCUGAUGCCGAAUCAACAGACGCGCCUUGUAAGAGGCCACGCUUGGAUUUCAGCAGCGUCGCGCCCCCUCCACGUGAAGAAAAGGAUCCUUUUCAACACGAUACUGACACAUUGAGUGGCACAUGCACUGCCGACGCACCUAGUCACACAGCUGAAAAGCAACAAGUUUCUUCCUCAUCUCAAAAAACUACGGAGCAAGAGAGAAGUCAUGGACCAACGCAAGAGCAGCGACCCACCGAGUCCCUGUUCCUCCAGGACGGAGGACAGCAAAUGACAAUUUCCGCUCUGUCAGGCUGUGCUUCCAGCCUUAAACUCCCAAGUGAAGCCUGGGCAGUCCAAGUUUCUGACAGAUUUGGGGUUAAAUCUGUUGUUUUCAGUGAGCUAGAAUUGCCGAAAGAGAGUAACCAGGCGCCUUUUCAUAGAAAAGUACUAGAAGUAACCACAUCACAUAAUGACUCCUUGUCAGUGAAAUGUUUUGUUUAUGGCCGUUUUGUUAACGUACAGACCAUAAGUUCUGGUUUGCCCAUGAAUUCCCUAGCUGAUAUAGAGUGUGCAGUACGGGUCUUUCAUGAAAUGCAUGUGUGUGCAGGUGGUCCCAGUGGUGAAAUGUACAAUAAUAUACGCCCCGAGUGCGCAUAUAUUGACAAAUGUGGAACCUGGCGGCACAACCGUUGCCUACUAGUGACAGAGAGUACAAGUUGCAAUGCAUGUGCUAAGUUAAAAGAUGUACUUCGUAUUCAUGCUGCACGAAAGAAAAAGAAUUCUCAACUGAAACACAUUCGCAUUCCGGCCAGUCCAUCGAAAAAAACACGCAUUGAAAUGUUGCGGCGCGCCAGGAUUGCCUGCUACAAGUCAAAAGUGCGGCUUCAAAAACAAAAACAUAAUCUUGAACAAGAAUUGGCUAACUGCAAAUCAAAACUACUAGAAAUCAGUAAUGAAACACUCGAACGCCUUUCCAGAGAAGCAAACCUUCCUGAAGCGCAAAAGCUGGUGUUGAAAGAGUGUGUAGCUGCAGGCAAAGCUCGCUCAAAAAACGGUAGAAGAUACUCAGAUGACUGGAUCUUGCUCUGCCUUCUCCUCCAUAUUAGGUCACCUGGAGGAUACAGAUUCUUGAUGGAGAGUGAAAUUCUCGCCUUGCCUUCAGUGCGAACAAUACACCGCUACAUCUCAUUGGAACCGUCUUUUGCAACAAAGGUACCUGAAAAAGGAGGGACGUUGGAUUAG